AUGUUUCGCAUCAAACUCAUUCACAGCUUCACAGUUCCCACAUCCUGGCUACGCUACCGCAUACUAGGCUUUUCUACUCUCUUCGCUAUAUGCGCGCGCCUCAUGGCUAUGAGCACCCUCUGCAGGGAGGAACAACACGCAUGCUGCACCGUUGCUUUUUACAUGUCCAAGUCAUCCUCAGCCCCACCACUCCUCGCCUUCCCUGUUAUCAUUGCAGUUCACCCCGUCGCUUGGUGCAUACUCAAAAUCUCGAAAUCAGACUCUGGCCUCGAUGAAACGUUCAUCCCCCUGUUAUUCGCACCGUCUUUGAUCGCUGGCACGAUGUUCUAG